AUGUCUAGCACGAUUGCCUUGAAAACAGGUGUAAGAUUGGUUUCCAGAUCUGCUUUUAGGUCUGGUGCUGUCAGGACUCUCAAUCGUGGCAUUGGAUCUCGUUCUUUUUCUAGUACCAAGUCUAGCAGAAACAGUUCAAAUUCUGGUUCCAACACUGCUGAAAAUGCUGGAUCUAAUAUUUUUCAAUUAGCAGCUCUUACUGCUUCUUCGGUUACUUUGGGUGCUUCUAUUUUCUACUUUCUGUUCGCCGACGAGGAUUCUACGAGAAACGAGGACCACGAUGAUGGAGCAUACAAACCAUUUGUUCCUGCCCCUCAAUCGGUUCCUAGAUCUAGAGACGAGAUCUUGAAAUCUCUUAAAAAUACUGAGAACUACGACAUUAUUAUUAUUGGUGGAGGUGCAACCGGUGCUGGUGUUGCUCUUGAUGCCAUUACUAGAGGUCUCAAGGUAGCCCUUGUUGAAAGAGAUGAUUAUGCUUCAUGUACUUCAUCAAGAUCAACUAAACUUAUCCAUGGUGGUGUCCGUUACCUCGAAAAGGCUGUUUGGCACGCUGAUUACGAGCAAUACAAACUUGUGAAAGAAGCUCUUCACGAGCGUAAGGUGUUCCUGGACAUGGCUCCCCAUCUUUCUUUUCCUUUGCCAAUCAUGAUUCCUCUUUAUAAAUGGUGGCAGAUGCCUUACUACUGGGUAGGUGUCAAAUGUUACGAUUUACUUGCAGGAAAACGUAAUCUCGAGUCUUCAUACGUUUUGACCAGAGGUAAAGCUUUAGAAGUUUUCCCCAUGUUGAAUGAUGAUAAAUUGAAGGGCGCUGUAGUUUAUUACGAUGGAUCUCAUAAUGAUUCAAGAACAAAUGUGUCUGUGGCCUUGACUGCUCAAGAGCUCGGUGCUGAUGUCAUUAACCACGUUGAAGUUACUGGUUUGAAGAAGGAUGCCAAUGGUAAACUCAUUGGUAUUGAGGCUCGUGAUUUGGCUUCAGAGACUCCUGAGACCUUUUCUGUUUCUGGAAAGUCUGUAGUUAAUGCUACUGGUCCUUUCAGUGACACCAUCCGUAAAUUCGACAACCAAAAAGUUCCCGAGAUCGUCGUUCCUUCUUCUGGUAUUCACAUCGUAUUGCCCGGUUGGUACUCCCCCAAGAAUAUGGGUCUUCUUGAUCCUGCUACUUCAGAUGGUAGAGUUAUUUUCUUCCUUCCUUGGCAAGGCUCUACCAUUGCUGGUACUACUGAUGCUCCUUGUGAAGUCGAACGUAAUCCCAUUCCUUCAGAGAAAGAUAUCAACUUUGUUCUCAAGGAAGUCAAGCAUUAUAUUGAUGGUAAGAUCGAUGUUCGAAGAGACGAUGUUCAGGCCGCUUGGUCUGGUGUUCGUCCUCUUGUGAUGGAUCCUGCCAAGAUGGGUGAAGGUACUCAGGGUGUAGUGAGAAACCAUCUUGUCACUUUAUCUGAUUCUGGCUUGGUGACUAUUGCUGGUGGUAAAUGGACAACCUUUAGACAGAUGGCUCAAGAGACUGUUGACACAUGCAUUGAACAAUUCAAUCUUAGUCCAGUCACUGCCACUAGUCAAACCGAGAAAGUCAAACUCGUCGGUGGUGAAGGCUGGACUCCUCUUCGUUACAUUGACUUGAUCCAAAAGUAUAACUUAGAACCAGAAGUUGCUCAACACCUUUCUGAAAACUACGGAACUAGAGCAUUUACUGUUGCUGAGCUGUGUACUCCCAGCUCCAGUCCUAACCAUCCUCGCGGCAAGCGCAUUGUUCCCUCUUAUCCAUUUAUUGAUGGUGAACUUUUGUACGCUAUGAGAUAUGAGUACGCUACAACCGCUGUUGAUUUCCUGGCCAGAAGAACUAGAUUAGCAUUUUUGAACUCGACUGCUGCCUUUGAAGCCCUUCCAUCAGUCAUCGAUGUCAUGGCCAAGGAACUUAAUUGGUCCAAGACUAGAAAAGAUCAAGAAUAUGAACAAAGCGUCGAGUUCUUGAAGGGUAUGGGAUUAAGACAGGAGUCAGACAAGAACUAG